UCCACAACUGUUUUUUAGUUCUGUGAUAGUUGUUCAUGAGUCCCAUGUUUGUCUUGAGCAGUUAAACUGCCCACUGUUCUUCAGAAAAAUCCUCGAGGUCCUGCACUUUCUUUGGUUUUCCAGCAUGUUCUGCAUAUUUGACCUCUUUCCAUUAAGAUACAUUAAGACCUGGGGGUGUAAACUUUUCCCUUACUCUUUCCACAGCACUAGUCAGGCACCAUGUUUGAAUGAAGAGAGUACAACCAUCAUUACACCAACACCUGAUGGUACUGUUCCAGUGACAGACACAGUGCCAGCUAUAGGAACAGUUCAAUCUGUAGAUAGUGUCCCAGCUGUAGACACUCUUCCAAGUGCAGACACGCUUCCGUCUCUGGAAAGUGUCCCCUUUGUAGAGACAGUGCCACCUGUAGAUAGUGUCUCGGGUCUAAAUUCAGUUGCAGAUGAGGUUCCAGCUCCACCUCAAGCUCCAGAUGCAGCUGAACUGCCUUCCACAUCCAUCAGUGAAGUGCAGCAGUACAAGGACACAACGGAUGUAUCCACAUAUCCACCAGCUGGGAAGCGUCUGACUAUCUACAUGUUGGAGUCAUCUCGUUUAGACGACCAGAUCCAGAUGGCGCAUGAUCACCUGUUACCUCUGGUCGAGGAAAUCCACCCGACUCAGGCUAACAAAAUCACCUGGAUGCUUUUGGAGGAUGCGAACAAUUUUGAGAUCAUAGACAUGACUGCAUACCCUGAGCUCCUGCGUACCAAGGUGAAUGAAAUGGAUGCACUCCUGAUGGCGAGGGACGCUGGAUGCAAGCCGGUGAAGAUUUUUAAUGAAAACUGGACAUGUGCUGAUAAUCGGUUAUGUGACACACAACAAUAUUUCAUAUUUAUAUUUAUCGCCACAACACAGUUUACACAGGGAUAAAAAGUUCCAUUAUCAAAGCAGUCAGACACACACACACACACACACACACACACACACACACACACACACACACACACACACACACACAGAC